CCACAACAGUUUGACUGAUUUUGUAUGUGUGGGGAAGAAUACUGAUUGUACCUGUGGCAGUUUUGCUCAUAAUAUCAUGACAAAUGACUGGUCUGUCUGGCUUGCUCCGUUCUUGUUUUGACGUUGUGUACCAACUGGAGAGCAGUACGAAGGAUCUAAUCAACGCCACCGCUCAUAACAGGGCCUGAUUGGAUUUGCUCGGGCCAUUUAUCACUUUGGUUGAAGCCAAAAUAAACUGAGAAAUUGUCAGACUUCAGCUACUUGGACUUUGGAGACUAGUCAGGUGAAAUUGCAGUUUGUGGAUUGGCUGCAGCAAUGCAGAGUUGUCCCAGCACCGCGCCGUCUACUGGUAGUAGUAGUAGUUCUAGCACUGUGAAGCUUACGACUCCAAAGUUUAGCAGAGUGAGUCGUGCUGCGACCGCCUCACUCGGAUUUCCCAGUGAUCACGACAAUCGACAGUCGACCGACUCCUCUGUACAUGUAGGUAGCAACGAGACCGACUCGCUGGCGGAUCGCACGGCGGCGCGGCUACGCUCCGACGUGCAUGUAUCUGCGUCGCCGGGCCGCCACCUGAAGCUGGCCACGGAGGACCUGCUGUACAGUAAGAACAACGUCUGCGUGCACAGCACGUGCGGUCCGGCCGGGCACGUACCGUCCGGGCCGAGUCCGGGCCGCAGGGGCAGCGUGCCGGCCCCGGGUCCGGGCAGGGUCGAAGCGGUUCACGUCCCGGGCUACCUGUCGCUGCGGUGCCGCGGUGCAUCGAUCCUGGGCGUGGGCUCGUCGCUGAUCCUGCACUGGGUGCCGAAUAAGUUCAUCACCAACACGUCGUACGGCUACGGAGAUGUGGCCGAAACGCUGACGCACACAAACAGCGGCACACACUUGGCCAACGGCUCGCCGAUAAUCCAGGCGGAGAACAGACAGAAAAGAUCGACGAGCAACGCCUCCAACUCAAGUGGCGGCGGUGGCGAAGCGUUGCCUCGAGAUGUGAGCACGUUCACUAUCGAUCUCGGUCUGAUGCGUUCGGUUAAGAUCUUUUUCAACAAUGACGACCGUGCGUCUGGGCAACUUGUUGUCGCCAGUCCCAACAAGCAGUUUCGCGUUCUUCACUUUCAUCACGGUGGUCUCCCGGGACUGCAGAAAGCUCUGGAGGACUGGCCGAUGUGUUCGCAAGCGGCACGACGGGGUGAUGCAUCAGAAGCACCGCGCAGCAUCACGUUCAACAUCUGCCGCACUCACCUGAGCGAGGAGAAUGCUCACCCGGAAGAAGGCAUGUACUGUUCACUGACGCCCGACGCCUGGUUUGGAUUCAUGGAUAGUGACGGGCGGCUGGCUAAUGAACAGCUUAUACGCAAGAUAAUCUUUUUCGGAGGUAUCACGCCUGAAGCUCGUCCACUGGUUUGGCCCUUCCUGCUGAACUACUACCCGUUCAACUCUACUCACGAGGAGCGCGCAGCGAUACGUGAAGACUAUCGCACGCUCUACGCAGCAAUGAAGAAGAAAAGGGAAGCAAUGGACUCGGCUGAGCGGCAGGAGUUCUGGCAGAAAGUGCAGUGUACCGUCGAGAAGGACGUGGUGAGAACGGAUCGCUUGCAGCCGUUCUUCGCCGGCGACAACAAUCCGCAUACCGCUACGCUUCAGGAGAUUCUCCUGUGCUACGCGGUCAAGGAGCCGGAGAUCGGCUACACGCAGGGCAUGUCAGAUCUGCUGGCACCGCUGCUCGCGGCCGUGCAGGACGAGGUGGACGCGUUUGGCUGCUUCGUCGGCAUGAUGCAGUUCAGCGUGCUGAUGACCGCUGGACACAGCUCCAUGCACAGACAACUGGAUCUGAUGCGUGAGCUGAUGGUGGUGCAGCUGCCGACGUUCUACUCGUUUCUGACGCGCAACGGCGGCGGCGGCGACCUGCUGUUCUGCCACCGCUGGCUGCUGCUCAACUUCAAGCGCGAGUUUGCGCACGCCGAGGCGCUGCGCGUGUGGGAGGCGUGCUGGGCCAGCCACCCACACUUCCCGUUCACCGCCUUCCUGUGCCUGGCCGUGGUGGCGGUGUACGGCGGCGAGGUGCUGGAGCGCCGGCUGCCCGUCGACGAGAUGCUCCUGCACUUCUCGCGCCUCUCACACCAGAUGUCCGUGGAGGUGGUGCUGCACCAGGCGCGCGCCCUCGUCCACCAGCUGGCCACGCUGCCCGCCAUCCCGUGCCGCAUCGUGGCCCUGCUGCCGCAGCUGCAGCAGCGGGCUGACGGUGGCAGCGGCAAUGGCAGUAGCAGUGCUAGUAGUGGGUCGUUUGAGCUGACGGGUGUGCGCAAGACUUGGCGCUUUUCCUGCGAGGAGUGUCGCGGCAACGGGCCCUGCCAUCGACGCUACUACGCAUGAUACAUGCUCUAAGUGCGGCCAUGUAAGGUGCUGCCAGCUACUGGGAUACAAACUGCCGCAUUGGGCCCUGUCACUGAGAUAGUCAUGCAGUGCACCACGUACAUGUACGGUGUCCGAUGGCAUUGUCACUCCUGCCAUCGACGCGCUACUACGCCUGAUGCGCUCUCAGCUCAGCCAUGUAUGGUAUAAGCAGGCUACUGGGAUACGAACUGCCUCAUCAAGCCCUGGCAUUGACGCGGUCGUGUACCAUGUACUAUGCCCGGCAGUCCCUGCUGCCAUCGACGCUACUGCACGUGAUGCGCUCUCAGCUCGGCCAUGUAAGGUAUUGGUAGCUACUGGGAUACAAAGUGCCACAUCGGGGCCCAGCCAAUGACGUGGCCGUGCACCAUGUACUAUGCCCGAUAGCGAGAGUACCUGGGGUUCUGCACUAUGCCCAAUAGCAUGGCCACUCCUGCCAUCGACGAUACUAUGCGUGAUGCGCUCUGGACGCGGCCAUGUAAGGUAUCAGCAGGCUACUGGGAUGCAAACUGCCACAUCGGGCCCUGCCAAUGACACAGUCAUGCGGCACGAUUGUACUAUGCCCGAUAGCAUUGUCGCUCUGUGUAUGUUUGUAUGCUUGUGUGAUGGUUUCAUCAUCAUAAUAAUAAUAAUAUCUUUAUUAGGAUGACCCAGGUCACUUGCCAGUCCUUUUCGUUUUGUUCUUGUUUUCCGGCGCUUUCCGCUUCUAUCUUCACGUUUUAUCAUUACAGCCAUGGACAUUGCACCUGGUUUAGUUUUUUAUUUCUAUUAUUUCUUCCAUAGUCUGCUCUUACUCCAGCAUUUCUCUAUUUAUUCCAAUGUCGUCCACCCCCUGGCCUUGAUUUCUUGGAUUUUCUUUGUUCUCGCCCCGGCUUUCAGCAACUGGCGCAGGGCUGUCUCUCUCUCCUCCCCCCCCCCCCCCUUGUUUCUCGUUUCCAAUCAAGACGUUCUGUUCUUUGCUGCUGCCGCCGUCUGCUUAGCAUUCUGCUCACACUUAGGUUCUUCUCCGAUUCAAUCCGAUCUUGCGUUUCAGUAAGUUAUUGUUGUUGUGGACCGAGACCCGGUUUUGCCACUCGUUAUUGAGUCAGUCCUUCGUUGAAUCCUCGCCCAGUACAUGCAGUAUGAGCUCGUGUAUUUAUCUUUCUCCAGCUGUGUGCUGAUUUUUUUUGCUCCGGUAUUCUUUCUUUACUACUCAUGCCCCGGGCCCCGCUGUUCCUUAUUUCGCCACUGCUGUUCACCGCUCAUCUUACGUGUUACAGCACCACUCUUGGGGCCUACGCCAAACAUUUGCAGAACGUAACUUGUAGCUUCUUGGUCCUUUUUUCUCUUUUCGUGCUCACUUUUAAUCCAAGGCAGUCCAGCGCUUCUGUUGCAGGUCACGGGGCUUAUAUUGCAUUCAACUUCAGCCUCCAGAUUUUACCUUUGUCAUGACCGUAUCUGUCCACUGACUCAGAGUAUUUUAUGUUUGAGUACUGCUUACCCUUUUUUUUUAACCUCCGACUUUAUCUUAUCAAGAUUGUCUACAGUACAACAUCACUUUAUUUUACUUUCAUGUACGGUAAUCUAAAAGACUUCGGGGUGCCUGACACCCUGUAUGUAAUCACGAAAGGCAAGAACCCCCCCUUGCUGAUGAAAAUACCUUUCAUAAGGAAUGCUACCUUUCAUAACUAUUACAAUAUUAUUAGUUUGUGUCAGCCCAGUAUGUUGCAUAAUUAUACAGUUGACUCCA